AUGAGAGGAGUCUUUUCAGUCCUGUUCAUUGUUGCUCUAGCUGUUUUACCCACACAAUUGAAAGGUUCUCCUAAGUGCGUGGUAAGGGUCAGUAGUAAAAAUGAACUUGAUUUAUUCAUUAAUUAAGCAACAAAUUCGAAAGAAAAAAAUUCGAAUUUGUUGAUAAGCUCUGUGUUUCAAAUAAGAGUUACGGUAGUUUUGUUUCCCUUGUUGUGAAUUUGCCUUUUCAAUAAAGAGGAACAAAGCAUUAGUGAUCCGUUACAUGCGACAAGUUUUCUAAAGCUACAUCAAUUGAUAUAUUUUCUGUUAUCAUUUCGAAACGUUGUGAAAUAAAAAGUUCGAUGUUCAAACAGGUGGGUAAACAUUCAAGAAAAUUCCCAUAAAUUGAAGUUUUCUAUGAAAACGUCAUUUUUUUCGGGCUUGCAAUGUUCUCUAAACCUAUAUUUUACUCAAAAAAUUUCUCAGAAAGGCAAAAGUUGCUUAAGGUUGCUAGAACCGCAAAACUGUUGCUCAAAAGGAGCCGAUCGAGCACAAUCGGGACAGGGCUAGUAGAGAGAGCGUAAAGGAGCCACAGCGCACUAGCCUGCGAAGGACUGACGAUUAAUUUCUUUUCGUGAGCGGGAAAAGAAAUAAUACAGAAAUAUUCAAGAGACCGAAGGCACCAACGCAUAGGUUUCCUCAAUUUAAGAGCUUCGUCCCCGGUGCGCCAGGUUUUUAUAUCGCAAACAGACAAACUACUUGAUGGUCAUAAUGAGAGGAGUCUUGUCAGUCCUGUUCAUUGUUGCUCUUGCUGUUUAACCCACACAAUUGAAAGGUUCUUCUAAGUGCGUGGUAAGGGUCAGUAAUAAAAAUGAACUUGAUUUAUUUAUUAAUUAAGCAACAAAUUCAAAAGAAAAAAAUUCGAAUUUGUUGAUAAGUUUUAAUUCAUGCAUGAAAGAGCUCUGUGUUUCAAAUAAGAGUUAAGGUAGUUUAUUUCCCUUGUUGUGAAUUUGCCUUUUCAAUAAAGAGGAAAAAUGCAUUAGUGAUCCGUAACAUGCGACAAUUGCUAAGGCUGCAUCAAUAAGAUAUAUUUUCUGUGUGUUGUCGACUUCGCGCCUAUCAUUUCGACACGUUGUGAAAUAAAAAGUUUGAUGUUCAAACAGGUGGGUAAACAUUCAAGAAAAUUCCCAUAAAUUGAAGUUUUAUAUGAAAACGUCAUUUUUUUCGGGCUUGCAAUGUUCUCUAAACCUAUAUUUUGCUAAAAAAAAUUCUCAGGAAGGCAAAAGUUGCUUAAGGUUGCUAGAACCGCAAAACUGUUGCUCAAAAGGUGCCGAUCGAGCACAAUUGGGACAGGCCUAGUGGAGAGAGCGUAAAGCAGCCGGAGCGCACUAGCCUACGAAGGCCUGACGAUUAAUUUUUUUUCGUGAGCGGGAAAAGAAAUAAUACAGAAAUAUUCAAGAGACCGAAGGCACCAACGCGUAGGUUUCCUCAAUUUAAGAGCUUCGUCCCCGGUGUGUCAGGUUUUUGUAUCGCAAACAGACCAACUACUUGAUGGUCAUAAUGAGAGGAGUCUUGUCAGUCCUGUUCAUUGUUGCUCGAGCUGUUUUACCAACACAAUUGAAAGGUUCUCCUAAGUGCAUGGUAAGGGUCAAUAGUAAAAAUGAACUUGAUUUAUUCAAUUCGAAAGAAAAACAAUUAGAAUUUGUUGAUAAGUUUCAAUUCAUGCAUGAAAGAGCUCUGUGUUUCAAAAAGAGUUAAGGUAGUUUUGUUUCCCUUGUUGAGAAUUUGUCUUUUCAAUAAAGAGAAACAAUGCAUUAGUCAUCCGUAACAUGCGGCAAGUUUUCUAAGGCUACAUUUAUAAGAUAUAUUUUCUGUGUGUUGUCGACUUCGUGCUUAUCAUUUCGAAACGUUGUGAAAUAAAUAAUUUGCCUUUGCAAUAAAGAGGAACAAUGCAUUAGUGAUCCGUAACAUGCGACAAGUUUUCUAAGGCUGCAUCAAGAAAGUGACACAGUGUAGAAUGCAAGACAGUCCUUAUUUUUGCGUAUUCGAGAACGCGCGAGCAGUCAAACGAAAGGUCUGGAACGAGGCUGAAAACAAAGAGCGACACUGGGGAGAGACGCUAAAAAUACUAAAACAAUUAUCCUUUUCAAUCUCGGUGAAUAGUGGCUUUAGGAAUAUUUACCGAGCCGCGAAAGCGGCUCGGUAAAUAGGCAGCCACUAUUCACCUCGAUUUUAAAGAAUAAUUGUUAAGUAUCUAAUACCUUAAAUUCACUGUACAAUAGUAAGAAAUCUAUUUCUUUAACAUUUUUGUUUUUCAGAACCUUGAUGUUCUGACCUACGAAGAGGAACCUUGCACCACUAUGAGAACAGGAAUGAUUCGUUCUUCUUCCGAUAGCAAUCACACUCUCCUAGAGGUCUGCUCCAAAAGACAGUGGAAGCCGUACUUUCCCGAAUGUAACCCUAUUAACGGUUGCUAUAGCAACCGGGUCGCUGGUUUGGUUGGGCAUUGGCGUAUGGAUGAACAAACUGGAAACGAGGUCGCUGAUGACUCAGGCCAUGAGAACCACGGCUCAGCCAGCGGGGCCGUGUCUAAGCUGUCCAAGUUCUCACGUGGACGUUUCUUCAAC